AUGAAUUGUGAUCAACUUCAACAGAGUAAUAAUAGUAAUAAUAGUAAUAAUAAUAAUAAUAAUAAUCAGAAUCAGAAUCAAAAUCAAAAUAAUAAUUUAUUCUUUAAAAUAUUUAGAAAUUCUAUUUUAAAAAAUAAGUUAUUUGACCAAAUAAAAUGGAUAGGUGAUACUCUGAGAGUAGCUAAAGAUUCCGUGGAGAUUUACAGUUGGUUGGAGUUGAUUGAACGACCGUGUCAGCUGAUUCGCUACGGAUACUUUGAAGAGUUUAAAACGGUAUUGGCUAGAGUAUUGAGUGAUCGUGUACUUUAUCGUAGACCAAUCGAAGAGUUUGCAAGAUCACUCGUGGUUGCAGGUGCAAUCGGAAAGCUUGAGUUUAUUCAAUUGGUAAACGAGUGUCAUCGUGAUAUCCUCUAUGACAGUGUCAUCAUACUGACAACGCAAAACGCUAUAGCACAAGGACACUUUCACAUCGUUAAAUACUUGCAUGACAACGAUCUAUCGCUUGGAUUCACAUCUCUUUCGAUCAACAUGGCCGCAAAGUAUAAUCGGCUCGAUAUAUUGGAGUUUCUUCAUCGCUAUAGGUUCGAUGAUUGCACUGAGGAAGCAAUGGAUGUUGCCGCGAGUAAUGGGCACUUGCACGUCGUUCGUUGGCUCCAUCAAAAUCGAACUGAAGGUUGCAGUAAGCUUGCUUUGGAUAUGGCUGCAUCGAAAGGGUACCUAGAGAUCGUCCAGUUUCUACAUGAAAAUAGAACGGAAGGAUCCACUGAGAAAGCACUGGAUUGGGCGGCAUCGAACGGCCAUAUUGAUAUCGUUAAAUAUCUCCAUAAAAAUAGGACGGAACCAUGUUCGAUUCGAGCAAUGAAUCAAGUGGCUGCCGGUGGUCACACUGAAAUAUUCAAAUUCCUACAUCGCAAUAGAACCGAGGGAUACAGUAGUGUUGCUUUUCGUAACGCUUGUCUAAAUGGUCACAGUGAAAUCAUCCACUAUAUUCUGCAGAAUCAGAUGUUCAAAUCGAUAAACGACUACGAUUUGGAAAUGGUUACGGUAACAGGCGAUUUGGAGCUGAUCAAGAGUCUUCACUCACUUGGAUUCCGACCGAAUGGCGCAAUCGACACUGCAUGCGCACAUGGAUAUCUAGAGAUCUUAGAGUAUUUCACAUCGAUUCAAAUGCAAGGUUGCACCGUUAAAUCAAUGGAUUUGAGUGCGGCAAACGGCCAUUUAGAAAUUGUUAAAUAUCUACACAAUCAUAGAACUGAAGGUUGUACAACUCGUGCUCUUGAUGCCGCUGCAACCAAUGGACACUUGGCGAUUGUUGAAUUUCUUCAUAGCUGCCGGACCGAAGGUUGUUUGAGGUCGACACUUGGAACUGCCACUGCCAAUGGACAUGUCAAAGUAGUGAAAUUCCUCGCAGAGAAUUGUACCGAUUGCAAUAAAUUCGGUGCACUCAACAUUGCUGCGCUACACGGCCGUCUUGACCUGGUGACUUACCUCCUGGAGAAUAUACAUCAACAGAUGGAAAGUAGACAUCUGCCAAUCUCGCCAAACGAACAUCUAUAUUUCAUAAAUGGAUCGAUUGAGGAAGCAGCGAAAAAAGGACACUUGGAUAUCGUGCGGUAUCUCUUUGAACAAUAUAAAAUCGUUGAACGAAAAGCAAUUGCUGGCGGUGCUGUUUCUGCGUCGACCUUUUCAAACAACCAAGUGAGACGCUACUCCGAUUACCUUGUGAUUAAAUACACGAUUGAGAAUCACCAAUCUAAGUUCACAUAUAAUGCACUUCAUGAAUCAGUAAAAUUCGGAAUGUUGGAGACGUUCAAGCUGUUGUAUGCAAACCGUCAUCUUGGAAUCAAUCUUAACGAUGAUGCCAUCGAACAAUUGGUACUUGGAUCAUCGAAAUACAUAUCGAUAAUCGAUUACUAUCUAUCACAAAAACCAACACAACAAAACGAUCACAACACAUCAGCAUCUUUGUCAUCAGCCAACCCAAAUUCCAAAAGCAAUGGUUUUCUAAAACGUCUACAAUAUAAAAUUGAAAAGUUCCAAUUUAGACUAAUCAUAAAUUAA